AUGUCCAAGCAACCAGCAGACUUGGCCCAUCUGGGCGACGGCGAGCUCCCGCCGCCGUACUCGCGCGAAGAACCGGCCUCGUCGACGCCGCCCGACGACUCGCUCUUUGCGGCGCACCUCGCCGCGGUGCGGAGCCAGAUGCGCGCGCAGCAGGCGGCGCGCGCCUCGCAGCAGGACCGCCACGACACGCAGCUGCUCGCGCUGCUGAUGCCGCACGUCGAGGCCGUGCUCGCGUCCGUCGUCGGGGCGGAGCAGCAGGCCCCGCGGCUCGUCCAGGCCACGCUGGUCCCGGACGGCGCCGUGGCCGCCGACUGGACGCCGGCUGAGACGGAUGGCGGACGGCCGGGCGAGACGCACAGCGUGGUCCGCGUGCAGACGACCCGGCGGGCAGCGGACAGCAAGACGGAUGGCCGGGCACGCUGGGGGGAGCAUGUCGCUGGGAGAGACGACGAGGCCGAGCUGCUGUGGUGGAAGGACGAGGACUUGGCCGUGCGCCUGGCGGGAUAUCUGCAGCCGGCGCCGCGCAGCACCCCCGCGCCGGCGGUCGACAGGCGGACGGUCGCCGCCCAGGUGACGGAGGCGAAAAAGACGAGGUCCCGGUGGAAUAUACUUGGCAGCAGGGGCACCAGCAGCAGCACACCGCCGAUACCGCCGGCGGCCUCUACGCCUGCUGCCGAGGGCGACGACGACGUCUCGAUGCUUGUCACUGCCGAGGAGGUGACGUUUCGCCGGGAAAACGAAAUGGGCAUCUGGGAGAGCAGCACGGGCUGGGGCGUGGUGGUCCCCCGGAUGAACAACGCGGUGAGUGGGUUGUCGGCUCUCCCACCCUGCUUCGCCCCAGCAGCCCCCCCCCCCCAAAGAGACAAAAACGCAGCUGAAGAAGAGCGCAAGGCGAGAUUGUCAUGGCAGGCGCCGCCGAUAAUCGCCUUUGCACAACUCAUGCAUCGGACUUAUGGCGGUGGCGGAGCAGGCGGUCCCAAGAUAAAGGGAGCCCGGCGAGGCUGGGCUCCGCCUCUCCACUCCCAUCUCAUCGAGUCGCUGCGUGAUUGA